AUGGAGAUUACAGAGUCUAGGGAUUCAAUGCCAUUCUUGCUACCUGGUCUUCGCUUCCAUCCAACUCGGCAGGAGCUCGCGCUCUAUCUCGAACGUAAGAUCGCCGGCCUUACCCUCCUCCCUCCGAAUAUGAACGGAAUCUUCGACGAUUGCAACGAUGUUUACGGUGACGAGAACGGCAAAAACGAACCGUGGAAUGUGUUCGGUGAAAGUACUGAGAGAGAUUAUUUCUUCGUCUUUACGUAUUUGAAGAAUGUCAGUCAUAAGUCUAAGAGGAUUAAUAGGAAAGCCGGUAUUGGGACUUGGCAUGGCAGGACAGCACCUAGUAAUGUGAUUGAUUGUGAUGGGAAAUUGAUUGCGUUUAACAGGUAUUUUACUUUUGAUGUGAAGGGAUCGGGAGGAGCCGCUGAUGCCUCGGGAAUCGAGCACGGUCACUGGACUAUGCACGAGUUUUCUCUUCCUGAUAGACAAUCCCCGGGUGAUUUGGUACUCUGCGUUAUUGGGUGUAACAAGAUGAUAUCGAUCGCCGAUGAACCUAAUUCAUCAAUUAAGUUUGCCAAACACUUUUCUGUGGAUGAUCAAUGCAAUGCCAGUGCCAGUACUUCUUCUGGUCCAUAUUCCAACUUGGGUUUGUUGUCUAAGAAGAGGAGAAUUCAUGAACAAAAUCAAGAAACUUCAAGAAAGCGAGCAUGCAAUUCCGGCUACAGCUCCUCUUCUAUUCAUUAUACUGAGGGCGUUUAUCAAUAUUCCACAACUGCAAACUGUUCCCAGAAUCAGAAUCUCUUACCGAUGUCACACAAUGGCGGUUUCAUGGAGAGUUCACAGAGUGUUUUUGAACAACAACAACAACAACCAAUGGUAAUGCAUCCAUUCUUCUCUGGCUUUGAGGAUGGUUAUGGUGACUAUUUUCUGGAUCCGAUUUUCCAGCAGAUGUUACAAAGCAAUGAUGGUGUUCAUGAGGGUUCACACGUACCGAUAACGAUGCAAUCCCCUUCAGAUUAUUCACUACUCACAGAGCAAAACCCAUUCUUCUCUGGCUUUGAGGAUAAUCCACAGGAUUCUACUGAAUUCUCCAUCUCAGCAGAAGCAGCAGAAAAGGGAGAAGGGGAGGGGCAUCAGCUACUGACUAAGUUGAUCUAUAUGUUAAAUUACAGUUACAGCUCUCAAGUAUCCCCCAACAUUCACUAG